CGCGCACAGCGCUGGGAGAGAGAACUUGAUACAGAGUAACAGUAAAUCACACGGACCUACAGUAUACCAGUGUUGAAAUUUGUAAUCCUAUUGCAUGUAUUUUUGGCUAGUGAAAGGAGCAAGUGAGAUCACUGCGAUCUCCCAUUUGGAUAGAGUUGAUUUGUUGGGUAAGGACAACAUCGGAUCUUUUUCAGGCACAGUUCAAAUAUAUUUGAAUAUAUAGCACCAUGGAAAUGUCCGAAAACAAGCCGAAUGAUGAUCCGAAGUUAUCUACGACUGACAGGAUGGUAAAAUCUGUCCCGUUCCCGCCAAGUCACCGACUCACAGCCAAGGAGGUGUUUGACAGCGAUGGGAAGCCCAAAGUGGACGUGCUCAAAGGCCACCUGACCAAGGAGGGCCGCGUGGAGGAGAGCGUGGCCCUCAGGCUCAUCGGAGAGGGAGCAGCCAUCUUGAGGGCUGAGAAGAACCUGCUGGACAUAGAGGCCCCCGUGACAGUUUGCGGAGACAUCCAUGGCCAGUUCUUUGACCUGAUGAAGCUGUUUGAAGUAGGAGGGUCACCAGCUAGCACUCGAUACCUUUUCCUGGGCGACUACGUCGACAGAGGAUAUUUCAGUAUCGAAUGUGUGCUGUACUUGUGGGCCUUAAAGAUCCUAUACCCCAAAACACUCUUUUUGCUUCGUGGGAACCACGAAUGUAGACAUUUGACAGAGUAUUUCACAUUUAAGCAGGAAUGUAGAAUUAAGUAUUCGGAGCGGGUGUACGAUGCGUGUAUGGACGCCUUCGACUGCCUUCCUCUGGCCGCCCUUAUGAACCAGCAGUUCCUGUGCGUACACGGAGGACUGUCCCCAGAAAUCACAAAUCUUGACGACAUCAGGAAAUUAGACAGAUUCAAAGAGCCCCCUGCGUACGGGCCCAUGUGUGACCUGCUGUGGUCGGACCCCCUGGAAGACUUUGGGAAUGAGAAAAGCCAAGAGCACUUCACACACAACACAGUGAGAGGCUGCUCCUAUUUCUACAGUUAUCCCGCUGUCUGCGACUUUCUACAACACAAUAACUUAUUAUCGGUCAUUCGAGCCCAUGAAGCACAGGACGCUGGGUACCGCAUGUACAGGAAGAGCCAGACGACAGGGUUUCCUUCUCUCAUCACCAUCUUCUCAGCACCCAACUACCUAGACGUCUACAACAACAAAGCUGCAGUGCUGAAGUAUGAGAACAACGUGAUGAACAUCAGGCAGUUCAACUGCUCCCCUCACCCCUACUGGCUGCCCAACUUCAUGGACGUCUUCACCUGGUCCCUGCCCUUUGUUGGGGAGAAAGUCACUGAGAUGCUGGUCAACGUGUUAAGCAUCUGCUCCAAUGAUGAGCUGACGACUGACGAAGAGAUCGAUGGUGCCACAGCCUCUGCACGCAAGGAAGUAAUCCGGAACAAGAUCCGUGCCAUUGGCAAGAUGGCCAGGGUAUUCUCUGUCCUCAGGGAGGAGAGUGAGAGUGUGUUGACACUGAAAGGGCUGACCCCCACCGGCAUGCUGCCCAGUGGAGUGCUGUCCGGAGGCAAGGAGAAGCUCCAGAAUGCCAUCAAGGGCUUCUCGCCCCAGCACAAAAUCACCAGCUUUGCGGAGGCCAAGGGCCUGGACCGCAUCAAUGAGCGGAUGCCCCCGAGGCGGGACGGCCUCCCCUCCGACGCCAGCCUCAACUCCCUCAACAAGGCUCUGUCCUCGGAGACCAAUGGCACGGACGCCAAGGACAGCAGCAACAUCCAGUGAAGGGGCACGCUCCACCACGGCUGGUGGUGGCAGCCUGUGGCGACCAGGGUGGGUCGAACUACGGAAAGUUAUCGCUCGUUCACUUUUUCAGGCCCUUGGCCUCCUCGAAGCUGGUGAUGACGUGCUUGAUUCUGAGACGAGAGAGAGAGAGAGCAAGAGAGAGCAAGAGAGAGCGAGAGAGAGAGCGAGAGAGAGCGAGAGAGAGCGAGCGAGAGCGAGAGAGAGAGCGAGAGAGAGAGAGAGAUUUUAUGAAAGCCCCUAGCUCAUUUUACUGCAGGGCUCGCCAACCCUGUUCCUGAAAAGCUACCCUCCUGUAGAUUUUCGCUCCAACCCCAGUUAUAACUACUGUAACCUGAUUCAGCUUAUCAACCAGCUAAUUAUUAGAAUCAGGUACGCUUGAUUAGGGGUGCAGUGAAAACCUACAGGACGGUUGCUCUCCGGGAACAGGGUUGGAGAGCCUGGUUUUACUGGAUAUGGCAAUUUUGUGUAACUUCUUACUAACUAUUGUACGUUUACAAAAUACAGCACUAAAAAUGGCAAAACAUAAAAAACAUGUUUUUAACAUAUAAGGGUGUACAAACUUAGUAAGGACUAUUUAUUGAUAACUUUUUUUGCUACUCUUAUAAAAUAGCUCUGAAAUAAAUUAGGCAGUCUUAAAAAGAAUGUUGCAACAUUGUUUAAAUGCCCCCAAAAAUUUAAGUUUUAUGGUUUUGUACAGAUUAUGCUUACCUCAGGUUCAUUUGGUGUGUGCUUUUGACCCAGAUUUCUGGAAAAUGGCAAAUUAUUACCUUGGUGAUGAAUACCUAUUUUUUGGGAGUUUCAUAACUGGAAUUUACAUUUAUAUAUUAUUUGCAAAUAUGUUUUUGUUGUUUUUUGGGAAUAUAGAUUUUAUUGUGGCUUGCUGGAAUUCUGUGAGUGUUCAUUUUUCUCUUUUUAAAGUAUUGCGAACAAAGUAAACAUAAAGAACCUAUAUUGUGUAAAAAAAACAAUCAACUGAAAGUGUCUGCCUAUGCAUGUUUUAUAAAAUGAAACAAAGGAAUGGAUAAAUGAAUUGAAUGCCUUGGCUACGGAGGCCUGUUUUUAAAUGUAGUGCGCUUAGUGAAUAUAUACUGGAAAUGUAUAUCGGCAUUCAUUAAAUUAACGCCAUGAUAAUGCUUUAUAUGGCUUCAACUUCUUUUAUAAUUGAAACAUUUAACUAUCUGAGAUGGAAAAGGAAUCAUAUUUUUAACAUGUGCUUGAAAGUGCUCACAGUCGGAUUUAGCAUGUUUGACAAUUCUUGUGAGGUUUGUGGUUACAUGUGGAACUCAAAAUGCAUGAUAACUGUUAGUGCCAUAUAACGGUUUAGAAAUGUUUGUUCUGUUUUGUAAACGUGCCACAGAAAGUGUAAUUUGAUUACUAUUAUUAUUAAUGUUAUUAUUAUUUGGAACUCUGCUUUGUAUAUCAGUUACAGGUUUGUUACUGCUUAAUACUUUAAGAUAAAACAAAACAACUUUUCUUUUUUUUUAAACUGCUUAAGUGCCCAAGUAAUUCACUACACGACAUAAAGCCUUGCUUUUGUAAUUUAACUUCAAACCAGUUGGCAGAUGAAGCAUGCACUCAACUAUGAAAAAGUAUUUUAUAUUACUGUUCAAUAAAAAAUGUGCAUGUAUUUCAACUUAAAUGAAACUGUUUAUUUGUGUGUGGUAUAUUCCUAUUCUCAGAUUUCAAGUCAAUGUAAACAUAAAAAAUAAAAAAUGUAUUACAUCCUAAAUA